CACUUGUUGUUGCUUCCUGACAUUUUAGAAACUGCAAAUAUGACUCUGCAGUAACUCUCCUCAAUAAGUUAAACUGUUAAACAAUGUUUCUCCUGACUUUUUGGGGGCAAUGGACUUAGGUCUAUUUAAAAGAUAAUGACAUGGAAAUAGUUGUGCGCUUUUUGGAUGGAUACUCUGUAAAUAAACAUCCCAGGAGAGAGAGAGAGAGAAAAAAAACUGACUCCAUCCUCUGCUUAUGCUCAGCUGUCUUUGCCGUCGUCGCCUCCCAGCGCUGCUCUCUACUCGUGUUGAAGAAGACGAGAAACAAGUCAGACUAGUUCAGACCAGAGAUGGCAGCCGGCCGGACCGCGACGACGCUUAAGGUAAAUGACGAAGUUCCUUCCUUGGAUUUGGAUCAGGCGGGCAAUAUCCCGAAGAGGCAUGCCCGAGUCACCGUGAAGUACAACAGGAAGGAGCUACAGCGGCGGCUCGACGUGGAGAAGUGGAUCGACGAGAACUUGGACCGGCUGUACGCGGGUCAGGAGCGUGAUAUACCAGAGGAGGUGAACAUUGAUGACUUGAUUGACCAGCCUAAUGACGAGGAGCGAGUCAAACAGUUAAAGGAACUGCUUCGAAAGUGCCGUAACAACACAGAGACCUUCAUCAGAGAGCUAGUGGGAAAGCUGGAGGGAGUUCACAAGCAGGACGAGCUGCAGAGCGAAGGCAUCGAACAUCCGAUCAUCUGCCACAGCCAUCACCGCCAUGAGCCCUACCACUUUCACAACCCACAGCACCAAUCCCACCACCAACGAGGCCAAAACCAGACCCUCUGACGAAUCCCCCAUCAACGCACACACACACACACACACACACACACACACACACACACACAUACACACUGUCAUGACAUGAAAACAGAAAUGUCAGUUAUAUUGGACAAUGGAAGGCAAAGAUCAAGGAAAGAAAAUCUACCCUGAAACUUUUUAAAUAAUACACUCAUUUGCUUUCCUGCAGAAAUUAGGAUAAGAAGAUUGAUACCACUCUCAUGUAUGUCUGUUAAAUAUGAUGGUGAUAAGCUACUUAGCUUAGCUUAGUUUA